AUGCCGCUCUCCCUCGCGCGCAUCUCUGGAAAGCUCUCUCCACGCCAGCCCGUGAUGCUCGACCUCCGUCUGGGUUGGCAGUACCUCAAACGAAGCCACGACACAAUCCAGAUGGACUGGCUCGGGCUCCCCUUGCAUGCAGCUCGUCGCGCAUGUCACAAACUCCAGCAGGCGCGCCCUGCCGCGAGUUUCUGGGGCGACGAAGUGGGUGGGUUGGAGCGCUACGAACUGCAGCACUGCGGUGCUGGCACGGCCUUCGAGCGUGUGUCGGGCACGGGCACAGAUGUUGACAUCAACGUGAAGCCCGUGACCUGGACCGAUCCCGCUCUGGUACAAAAAUCAGUGAGUCUGUCUCGCACUGUGUGGAGCUACAACUACGUUCUCUGCGUUUUCCAUCCCUUUGGAUCCGAGGUCAUCCUCGCCAAGGUCACGCUUCCUCGGAUGAGGACGGUGUCCGACUCACUGUCGGAUUCUUUGACGACAUCUUCGUCCCUCUUGUCUACCUCCCGGAACCCUGCCCUUCGACCCAAAAGAGCGAGCACACAUCUGGCUGCUGCGAUCAGAAGCAACCUCUUUCACGAACUCCUCGACUCGCCCCUGGGGCACCGGAUGUACAUCGACGUCGGCGAUGUCCUCCUGGUCCGCGUCAACGCAGACGAGUACAUGACGAUGAGCCUGGACCAGCCGAAGGCGCAUGAGGGCGUUCAACAGGCUCGUAAGGUGCGCCUGCCCCCAUAUACCGUCAUCGUGGCAGCUGGAGAUACGCUUCUUCUCGACCAGUCCUCGAUACCACUCGCCGGGCGUGCUUUCGGAUCGCGCCUUUGCGCCGAGAACCCACGCAACUUCCUCCCCGACUCUGGCCAACUCGCCUACCUGUCCACACCGCCGCCUACUCGCAUAUUCACGGUUCCGCCGGCUGUACAUUGCAUGCCUCUGGCGGAACGCAGCUCUCCCUUCACGCCUGCCGCGAACACGUCUGUUGUCAUCGCGCCAUCACUCCGUGUCGAGCGAGGAUUCGACCAUGGCUUCUUCUAA